AUGGCACCAGCGAGGAAAAAAGUGAAGCUCGUCGAUGGUGCAGUGCCAGUCGUCGAGCCCGCCGUCAAAGACACCGCAGUUACCGAAGAAGCAAGCCCAGCCAACUCACAAAAAGAUGGGCCGGAGCACCGACGUUCUCUCUUCGUCCGCUCGCUCCCUGCAACCACCACGACGCAAUCCCUCACCGACCUUUUCUCCGACUCGUACCCGAUCAAGCAUGCCAUUGCCGUCACAGACCCCGCGACCAAGCAAUGCCGUGGCUACGGCUUCGUGACCUUCGCCGACGCCGAAGAUGCACAAAGAGCAAAGGAAGAGUUCAACGGGCACGCUCUAGAGGGCAAGAAGCUGCGCAUCGAGCUCGCAGAGCCUCGACAGCGUGAUGGCGAAGGCGAUACAGCUGCGGAGGCGGGCAAUAAACGAAAGCGAACAUUCGGCAAGCAGCAGCAGGGCGAGGAAGCUACUCCUCCCCAGGCCUCGAGAUUGAUUGUGCGAAACUUGCCCUGGACUAUCAAGACGCCCGAGCACUUGUCGAAGCUGUUUAUGAGCUAUGGGAAGAUCAAGCAGGCGUAUAUUCCUACCAAUAAGCAGGGGCAGAUGUCCGGGUUUGGAUUUGUGGUCCUGCGUGGGAGGAAGAAUGCCGAGAAGGCUCUCGAGGGGAUCAAUGGAAAGGAAGUGGAUGGCCGGACAUUGGCUGUUGAUUGGGCGGUCAGCAAGGAUGUCUAUGAGAAUGCGCUUCAGCGUGGUGCAGAAGGAGGGGAGGAAGUGUCGAAAGAAGACGGAGGAGCAGAGGAAUCCAGUGACGCAGAUGACGGGAAGCUGGGUGUUGUUGACGGCGAAGACUUGGACGAUAGCAUGGAGCCUGGAAGCGAUGAAGAUGAAGCUGACGAAGACGAUGUCGACGUUGAAAUGGACGACGGUACGGACGACGAAGCGGAGAAGAAGAGCGACACAUCGACCACUCUCUUCGUUCGCAACCUACCCUUCACCUGCACCGACGAGGAUCUGGAGGAUGCAUUCGCCAAGUUUGGCAAGACAAGGUAUGCGCGGGUCGUCAUGGAUUUCGAAACCGAAAGGUCCAGAGGGACUGGCUUUGUGUGCUUCUACUCGAAAGAAGACGCGGAUGCUUGCGUGCGCAACGCACCUCGGCCGAACCCUCAAGCGCAGAGCGAGUCCAAAGACGUCAAGACGAAGCAGGCGCCCAAUUCUGUACUCCAAAACGAAGCCAACGAUCCUUCGGGCGAGUACAGCAUCGAUGGCCGGGUGCUUCAAGUCAGCCGAGCAGUCGAAAAGUCCGAGGCGAAUCGCCUAACGCAGGAAGGCGUCGCACAACGCCGCAAACGCAACGAAGACAAGCGUCGCCUCUACCUGCUCCCCGAGGGCACCAUCUCCACCAAGUCCAAGCUCUGGGAGAAGCUCACUCCGACGGAGCGCAAUAUGCGUGACGCCAGCGCCAAGCAGCGCAAGACGCUGAUCGAGAGCAACCCCUCGCUGCACCUCAGCUUGACGCGCCUAUCCGUCCGCAACGUCCCCCGCAGCAUCACCUCCAAAGACCUCAAGUCCUUGGCGCGCGAAGCCGUCGUGGGGUUCGCGACGGACGUCAAAGCAGGUUUGCGGCAGAAGCUGUCGAAAGAAGAGCUCAUCCGUGGCGGCGAGGAGAUGGAUGCUGCGGAGAAGGCUCGCAAGAAGUCCGGCAAGGGUGUGGUGAAGCAAGCCAAGGUCGUCUUUGAGGGCGCCAGUGGCACCAAAGUUACGGAGUCGAGUGGCGCGGGCAGAAGCAGGGGCUACGGAUUCAUUGAAUUCUACACGCAUCGCUGCGCGCUUAUGGGGCUGCGAUGGCUCAAUGGACACGCUAUCGGGUAUCAAGUCAAGGAAGAGAAGAAGAAGUCCAAGCUUUCCCAGGACGAAAUCCAGGAUCGGAAGAAGCGACUCAUUGUCGAGUUCGCAAUUGAGAAUGCGCAAGUCGUUCUGCGCCGCAAAGACCGAGAGCAGAAGGCGAGGGAUCGGAGUCUGGCUGUGGAUCCCAGUGCUGGUGUGGCGGAGGCAGACAACAGUGGGGAACUGGAGCACAGCGUCCGGAGAGAACUCCCCGUGGGAAGCCAGGGUUUGGAGCACAGCGGCCGGAGAGGACUCCGCGGGGGCAGUCAGGGUUUGGAGCACAGCGGCCGGAGAGGACUCCGCGGGGGCAGUCAGGGUUUGGAUCGCAGCGGUCGGAGAGGACUCCGCGUGGGAAUCCUAAUCCUGGGUUUGGAGCACAGCGUCCAGAGAGAGCUCUGCGUGGGAAGCCCGGGUUUGGAGCACAGCGGCCAGGGUUUGGAGCACAGCGUCCGGAGAGAGGCCCGCGUGGGAGAGAAGGACGUGGGAACGAUGCAAGACCGACUAGGCCUCCUGCCGGCCGCACAGAUGCUGCACCUGGCGCAGCGGCGAAGCAACCCGUGGACGAGAAGACUGCGAAUCGCAACCGCAUCAUUGGGCGGAAACGAGCCAUGCGUCGAGCUCUACGAAGUCAUCCACUUCCACUGCGGCCACGCCGGGCGCCGCCUCAUCAAGCACUGCCACUUUGCGCGCAACGACCCGGAGCACAUGUGUUCUGGAUCGUGGUCGAUUAAGCGCGAGUGGAUCAGCGCGAACCAGGUGUGCGCCGAGUGCGCGCAUCAAAAUUGGUUGCGGAGGGUGCAGAUGCAGCAGCAGCAGCAGGUGUAUCAGCAGCGGCAGAUGGCGUGA